CUCUGUGUCUGUAGUCUCCUCCCCCUGCUGAUUAUAUAACCCUUAGUGUUCCAGUGCUGGACCAGACGAGGGCUGGAGCACAUCAUGAAGUUGGAUUUAGCUGCAGCGUUGUCUUCUGUGACAUUGUUGGUCAUUUCUUGGUCUCCAGUUUGCUGCCAGCAGCCUGUAAACUGCAGAUGGGGCGCUUAUGGAGAAUGGUCUGAGUGUGAUGGCUGCUCCAGCACAAAGGUGCAGACUCGGCAUGUGGAGGUGUACGCCCAGUUUGGGGGCCGCCCAUGUUCAGGGGAAGCCACAAGAACACAGUCAUGUGUCCCACAAAAAGGAUGUCCCUUGGCGACAGGCUGUGGAGACCGAUUCCGCUGUACAUCUGGUCAAUGUAUCAGCCAGUCUCUGGUGUGUAACGGAGACCAAGACUGUGAUGACGGCCUGGAUGAGAGAAGCUGUGAUCAAGAUGGCAGCAAGUACACAUGUGACCUUGACAAGGCACCUCCAAGCUCUGACUUCCCCGGCAGAGGGUACAAUGUAUUGACAGGCAAACUGAGAGCAGGUGUCAUCAACACCCUCAGUUUUGGAGGGCAGUGCAGGAAGGUGUUCAGUGGUAACCAUAAAGCCUAUUACAGACUGCCACAGAACAUCCUAGGGUACAGCUUCGAGGUGACCGUAAACAAUGAGGAGAGUGACGAAUCCUACGAGAGCUCCUGGUCCUACAUGCAACACAUCCAGGCCAACUCACUGGUGGGACAUGACCGACGAACUUUCCACAAAGAGCUCACUGACAAUAAGGCUUACAGACUUAUAGUCCUGAAGAAUAAAGUGGAGCUGGCCCAGUUCCAAAACACCGCCCCUCAGUAUCUGCCUCUGGCUGAAGGCUUUUGGAAGGCCUUGUCCUCGCUGCCGUACACGUACGACUACUCUGCCUACCGCCAGCUGUUGGAGACGUACGGCACACACUACCUCUCAGAGGGCUCACUUGGAGGCCAAUACCAGGCCUUCUUGGAGUUUGACCGCCAGGCUCUCGAAUCAACCCAAACUACAAAUAUCGAUUACCAGAGGUGUUGGAGAAAAGUGAAACGCCGUUUAUUCUGGAAGAAAGUGACAACCGUCUGUGAAAAACUAACAAAAGCUUUGUCAUCCAGCUACGGACAAAAAGUGAACAAAAUGCCCAUAAAGGUCAACGUGAUUGGGGGAGAUCCAACCUUUAUAGGUGCUCUAAGUCUUCUAGAUCUGGAGAACCCAGAACUUAACGGGGAGAUCUACGAAAACUGGGCAUCAUCUGUCAAAGACUUCCCUGAAGUCAUAGACCAGAAGCUGCGUCCUCUGUAUGAGCUGGUGAAGGAGGUGCAGUGUGCAGGGUUGAAGAAGCUCCACCUGAAAAGAGCCACCGAGGAGUACCUGACGGAGGAGCAUCCCUGUCACUGCCGGCCCUGCCAGAACAACGGCCGGCCUCUUCUGACGGGCUCAGAGUGCCGCUGCAUCUGCCGUCCGGGAACCUCAGGACAGGCCUGCGAGAGCGGAGCCGUGAUCGGAGAACAACCAGGGGUAAUCCAUGGCAGCUGGAGCUGCUGGUCCUCCUGGGGAUCCUGCUCUCAGGGUCAAAGGUCAAGGACCAGAAGUUGCAACAACCCCGCCCCCAGCAGAGGUGGCCAACAGUGCUCCGGACUGCAGCUGGAGCAGAAGCCCUGUGAGGAUGCAGCCAUUCAGUUCUUGCAGACGAUUGAGCCUCAGUGCUUCAACCUCUCUGUAAAUUCACCAAAGACAUGUGGAGCGCCUCCAAACCUCAGGAACGGAUUUAUUCAGAAUCCCAGAGACAUUUACCUGGUUGGAAACAUAGUGGAGUACUCGUGCAUACAAGACUAUUACCUCAGUGGAGACGCCAGGGCUCAUUGCACUGAAAACCAGAAGUGGAGGACAGGAGAGUUGGUUUGUAAAAGUUCCACAUGUGGGAUUCCUCCACUCAACGGCCAGGUUAUAGCCAUGUCCACGCAAGCAGCCUAUCAGAUUGGAGACAGAGUGUCCCUCUCCUGUCCGGUGGGGUUGGUUCUGGAUGCUGACGUGUCAGAGAUCAUGUGCACUUCCAGUCUGGAGUGGUCUCCUUCACCAACCAGUGUUCAUUGUAAAGCCGAGCUGAGUGGAGCUACGGAAUCUGGUUUUCAUAUUCACUGGGUGUUCUUCUCCUCAGUUCCAUCAGCUGCACCUCCACCAUCUGGCCUGCAGUGUAAGCCGUGGGAGGAUGUAGGAAAAACUGAGUGUGUGUGUAAAAUGCCCUCUCAGUGCCCGAUUUCUCUGAAGUUGUGCGCCAGACUCGGCUCCAGCCGAACCCGUUUGCUUAGCGUUUGUCAGCUUGGAGCUCUGCAAUGUAAUGGGAGAAGCUUUGAGUUGGCCAAUGACAUCGAUUGUGUUUGGCCAGAGGAGACAUCCACUUCCUGCACGCAUUGCAAACCAGGAACGAUCUGUCAGGAAUCGAAGUGCGUUUGUCAGAACAUAACAGAGUGCCCCAACGACUCCGCCUCCCUGUGCGUGAGAUCUGGUGUUGGCGGUGUUGCCAAAGCGAUGACCGAAUGUGAGGUGGGGGCCAGACGGUGUGCUGGGGAGAAGGUCAAUGUUUUCAGUAUUGAAGCUUGUCCAGAAUAAAGAUAGCUGAUCGUUUAUUUUACUGAGCGGCCUUCCACUGUACAUAAAGGAGGGAAAAUAUUUCUCUAUUUCUUCUUGUAAGCAAUUAAAAAACAUAUUGCUCGCACUGGAACUUCCGUAAAUAUGUUCCUCUGCAAUCUUCCUCUUUUGUGUCUUUUUAUAAUUGUCACGAAGGACUGAUGAUAGGCAAGUGAUGCAUAGUCAAAUACUACUGAAUGGAGAAAAUGUUCCUUGUGUGUGUGCCAAUGAAUUGCACUUUAGAGACCUGCAGUGUGCGGACUGAUAAAAGACAACAUACAGCAUGUGAAAAAAAACUGUUUUGUUCUAAUGUCAUGAAAUUGAUUGUUUUUAUAAAACCGCUUUUCAAUACAUCUUUGUUCUGUUGUUUUGUGUUUGUGUGCGAGUGUGUUUGUGGGGGAGGGAGGGUUGCAAUGUGCACAACAAAUCAUUCAUUUGAGUUUUCUAAGCAUAAGGACAGCACAAUAUUGCAUUUGAAACAGCUUUAUUUCCCAAUAGGAAGGAAGGAAAGCUUCUGUGUUUGUAUAUUUAGUUUCAUUACAUCACUUUUUAUUAAAGUAAUACAGUAGUUUUAAGGUCACUAAAGCUGCGUACACACACAAUGCAUAUACAACAUAUAGUUAUAGUAAUACAAUGAUCACGUUUAAAGAAUUUAGAGUUGCUCCAUCUUCUCAGUUGGGUGUGAGUUGCUUUGGGUCCGUGGACCCCAUUUCACUUGCCAGUCUCGGUUUAUUUAUUUUUUUAAGAA